AUGAAUACAACGGAAGGCGGCGAAGAGGCCGCUACAACACCUGCCAACCCGCCAGAAGGUCCUCUCAUCCCCGUGCCAGUGCCCCCCCGCAAGCCUCCGCGGAGGGGGCCCAAAGUUCAACAAGAAAGGCCUAAACGAGCACUCUUCUGCCUCACGCUAAAGAACCCGCUAAGAAAACUGUGUAUUGAUAUUGUUGAAUGGAAACCAUUCGAGUGGAUGAUCCUGACUACGAUAUUUGCCAACUGCAUCGCGCUCGCCGUCUACACUCCCUACCCAGCGAGCGAUUCGAACUACACCAACUGGGUUUUAGAGAAAAUCGAAUAUAUCUUCCUGGUUAUUUUUACGGGGGAGUGCGUGAUGAAGAUCAUAGCGUACGGAUUCGUGAUGCACCCUGGCUCGUACCUCCGGAACGGGUGGAAUUUACUCGAUUUCACCAUAGUAGUAAUAGGCAUGGUGAGCACGGUACUGUCGAGUAUAUUUAAGGACGCGUUCGACGUGAAAGCUCUAAGGGCGUUCAGGGUGCUACGGCCCUUGAGACUCGUGUCCGGCGUGCCAAGUUUGCAAAUCGUCUUAAACUCCAUUUUGAAGGCAAUGGUGCCGUUGCUACACAUCGCACUGCUCGUCAUCUUUGUCAUCAUCAUCUACGCGAUCAUCGGCCUCGAGCUGUUCUCGGGGAAGAUGCAUAAGUCGUGCUAUAAUAGGCUGACAGGUGAGAUCAUGGACAACCCCCACCCGUGUGAUGUAGACAACGGCUUCAACUGCUCCAGCCUCGGGCAGGACAUGGAGUGCCGCGAGGGCUGGAUCGGACCUAACUUCGGCAUCACCAACUUCGACAACUUCGGCCUCUCCAUGCUCACCGUGUUCCAGUGCAUCACGCUCGAGGGCUGGACCGAUGUUAUGUAUAAUAUACAAGACGCGAUGGGCAACAGUUGGGAGUGGAUCUACUUUGUGUCGAUGGUGAUAUUGGGUGCUUUUUUCGUUAUGAACCUAAUUCUCGGUGUGUUGUCCGGAGAGUUCUCAAAAGAAAGAGAAAAAGCGAAAAACAGAGGAGAUUUCCAAAAGCUAAGAGAGAAACAGCAGUUAGAAGAAGAUUUGAAAGGCUAUCUGGACUGGAUUACGCAGGCCGAGUACCUGGAGCCGCUGGCCGACCAACACGACGCGGUCGACCUCAAGGGGGACUACGGGAUUGGAAAUUUAAUAGGACAAAAUCAAAGCGACCACGACUCCACAGACCACCUCGGCAUAGAGCCGGCAGAGCAACAGAAGGUACCCAUCGGGAAAAUGUGGAAGAAAGACUUCGAUAAGGUGAACCGGCGCAUGAAGCGCGCGUGUCGCCGCGCCGUCAAGUCGCAGACCUUCUACUGGCUCAUCAUCGUGCUCGUGUUCCUCAACACCGUCGUGCUCGCCAGCGAACACUACCAACAGCCGACGUGGCUCGACCACUUCCAAGAGUACGGUAACGCGAUCUUCGUGGCGCUCUUCACGCUCGAGAUGUUGGUCAAGAUGUACAGUUUAGGGUUACAGGGCUACUUCGUGUCGCUGUUCAACCGCUUCGACUGCUUCGUAGUGGUGGGCUCAAUCAGCGAGAUGGUGCUGACGAAGACGGAGCUGAUGCCGCCGUUGGGCGUGUCGGUGCUGCGCUGCGUGCGGCUGCUGCGCGUCUUCAAGGUUACCAAGUACUGGCGGUCGCUGUCCAACCUGGUGGCGUCGUUAUUGAACUCGAUCCAGUCCAUCGCCUCGCUGCUGCUGCUGCUGUUCCUCUUCAUCAUGAUCUUCGCCUUGUUAGGGAUGCAGGUGUUCGGUGGCAAGUUCAACUACGACCCUGAAGAGGAGAAGGAUCGGCACAACUUCGAUUGUUUUUGGCAAGCGUUGCUUACUGUAUUUCAGAUCCUGACGGGCGAGGACUGGAACGCGGUGAUGUACGAGGGCAUCAAGGCAUACGGCGGCGUCGGCACCUUCGGUAUCCUCGCCUGCAUCUACUUCAUCAUACUAUUCAUCUGCGGCAACUAUAUUCUUCUGAACGUGUUCUUGGCCAUCGCCGUCGACAACUUGGCUGAUGCUGAAUCUUUGACCAAUAUAGAGAAGGAAGAAGGACAAGCUGCAGAAGAGAAGGAAGGAGAGGAACAAGGGGAAGUUGAAGGCGCGCUCGCCGACACCGACGACGAGUAUAUCCACGACGAUGAUGUUUACACUAGUGAUAAUUCUGAAAGAGAAUAUGAAGGAGAAGAGACUGGAUCAGAAGGGGAGCAACGAGAAGAAAUAGAUGAAGAAAUAGAAGAACCAGGUAUUGAUGAAGAAAACGAGGAAAGAAUUGAAGAAGAACAAGAGAGAGAUGAAAUGGAGAAUCAUCAGAGAAAUCAUAUUGAUGGCGGCGAGUUAGAAGAAGAGGGAACGCUCGUAACCGCUAGACCGAGGCGGAUCUCUGAACUGAAUAUGCCAAAUCAGACGCCGCCAAUACCGAACGCUAGUAGUUUCUUCAUAUUCUCACCAACCAACAGGUUUCGGGUAUUCUGCUACAAGAUGUCAUCGUCGUCAACUUUCGGGAACAUCAUCCUGGUGUGCAUCAUGUUUUCGUCUGCUAUGUUAGCGGCUGAGGAUCCACUGGAUGCUGCCCAAAAAGGCUUUCGAAAUUGGCUACUUAGCCAGUUUGACAUGUUCUUCACGGGUAUCUUCACGCUGGAGCUGUUUCUGAAGCUGGUGACGUACGGGCUGGUGCUGCACCGCGGCGCCUUCCUGCGCUCCGCCUUCAACGUGCUCGAUAUGCUCGUUGUUUGCGUCUCACUCAUAUCUAUGAGCUUUAAGUCUGGGAGUAUAUCUGUUGUGAAAAUAUUGCGAGUAUUCAGGGUUCUGAGGCCUCUCAGGGCUAUCAACAGGGCCAAAGGCCUUAAGCACGUUGUUCAAUGCGUGAUCGUUGCAAUCAAAACGAUCGGCAACAUUUUGUUGGUAACGUCCUUGCUACAAUUCAUGUUCGCGGUGAUGGGAGUGCAAAUGUUCAAGGGUAAAUUUUUUAGGUGUAAUGAUAUUUCAAAAAUGACAAAAGACGAGUGUCAGGGGACUUAUUUAGUGUUUGAAAAUCCUAAUUAUGUAGUUAGAGAUAGAGUUUGGAAGAGGAAUGACUUCCAUUUCGAUAAUGUUAUGAAAGGGAUGCUUACGCUCUUCACUGUAUCUACCUUUGAAGGGUGGCCAGGGUUAUUGUACGUGUCUAUAGACUCGAACGCCGAGGAUCGUGGUCCCAUCACUAACUUCCGUCCAAUCGUAGCAGCCUACUAUAUUAUUUAUAUAAUUAUAAUUGCCUUCUUUAUGGUAAAUAUAUUCGUCGGUUUCGUCAUAGUGACAUUCCAGAACGAGGGCGAGCAGGAAUACAAGAACUGUGAACUGGACAAGAACCAAAGGAAUUGUAUAGAGUUUGCUCUUAAAGCUAAACCUAUUAGAAGGUACAUCCCAAAGCACCGCAUCCAGUACAAGGUGUGGUGGUUCGUGACGUCGCAGCCCUUCGAGUACGCCAUCUUCGUGCUGAUCAUGAUCAAUACCAUCACGCUCGCCAUGAAGUACCACAACCAGUCACCGGAGUACAGCAAGGCGCUGGACAUGCUCAACAUGAUCUUCACGGCGGUGUUCGCUCUCGAGUUCAUAUUCAAACUUGCCGCUUUUAGGUUUAAGAACUAUUUCGGUGACGCGUGGAACACCUUCGACUUCAUCAUCGUGCUGGGGAGCAUCAUCGACAUCGUUGUCUCACAAGUAAACGAACUCAAGAAUCAGGGAAGUGGUCUGCAAAGAGCCCACGUUGUGAAGGAAAGUUCGAUUCCUUCCAUCAAUUUCUUCCGACUGUUCCGUGUGAUGAGGCUCGUGAAGUUGCUGUCCCGAGGGGAAGGCAUCCGCACCCUUCUGUGGACCUUCAUCAAGUCCUUCCAAGCCUUGCCUUACGUCGCGCUGCUCAUUUUGAUGCUGUUUUUUAUUUAUGCAGUGGUUGGAAUGCAAGUAUUUGGAAAAAUAGCGAUAGAUGACGAUACCCCCAUCACAAGAAACAAUCAUUUUCAGACGUUUCCACAAGCUAUUUUAGUGUUAUUUCGUUCAGCAACCGGUGAAGCGUGGCAGGACAUAAUGAUGGGCGUGUCGCCGGAGCCGGAGGUGCGCUGCGACCGCAACUACGACGAGGAGGGCGAGGACGACAGCAGCGGCUCCUGCGGCAGCGUGCUCGCAUUCCCUUACUUUAUCUCCUUCUACGUGCUCUGCUCCUUUCUCAUCAUUAAUCUUUUUGUCGCUGUCAUUAUGGAUAACUUCGACUACUUAACCAGAGACUGGUCAAUAUUGGGACCACACCACUUAGAUGAAUUUAUAAGAUUAUGGAGUGAAUAUGAUCCAGACGCAAAGGGACGAAUAAAACACUUAGAUGUAGUUACUUUGUUAAGAAAAAUUAGCCCACCGUUAGGGUUCGGCAAGCUGUGCCCGCACCGCGUGGCGUGCAAGCGGCUGGUGUCCAUGAACAUGCCGCUCAACUCGGACGGGACGGUGCUCUUCAACGCGACGCUCUUCGCCGUCGUGCGCACCUCGCUCAAGAUCAAAACCGACGGUAAUAUUGACGACUGCAAUACAGAACUGAGAGCAGUCAUCAAAAAGAUCUGGAAGCGCACGUCGCCCAAGCUGCUGGAUCAGGUGGUGCCGCCGCCCGGCGACCCCAACGAGAUCACCGUCGGCAAGUUCUACGCCACCUUCCUCAUACAGGACUACUUCAGGAGGAAUCACGCGUUCAAAAAGAGAAAGGAGCAGGAGAUGAGGCAGAGCGACGAGCAGAGCCACCAGAUGACGCUGCAGGCGGGCCUGCGCACGCUGCACGAGGCCGGGCCCGAGCUCAAGCGCGCCAUCUCCGGCGCGCUGGACGAGGCGCUGCCCGACAACGACGUGCCCAUGCACAGGAGAAAUCACUCAUUAUUCGGUGGUGUAUGGUCCAGCAUCCGUAGACACGGUCCCAAUAGACACUUUCACAGGCCUCGGAAACAUGGUGAAGGCCCACCAGAAGCUGUCGGUAAUCAUUUAAGUUCGAUGAUGCAGCGCGAGUACGGAGUGGGACCAUUACCGAUGGCUCCAAUGGCUGCCAAUUUAGCCAACGGUCAGCCGAAAGAGCAAAUACCACUAAGACCUCUAAUAUUCAAUGGGGAGUCGGAAAAAAUAUACCAAGUUCUAGAUAACCAAAAGUCCAACUACCCGGAAAUGCUCGGUCAGAUCGGGCUCGCGUUCGGCUGCGUCAACUACCUCUCCACGCCGGAGACGUCGGGGGUAAAGUCCACGUCGCCGUCGCGGCAGAGGGUGCACCCGGAGGGCUCGGAGCUGACGAUACGGAAGGCGUCGCCCGAGGAGAAGACGCCGUCGCCGGGCGAGACGAUAACGCCCAAGAUCUCGGCGUUCCUCGCGCGGGAGUGCGCGCCGGCGGAGUCGCGGCCGAUGACGCUGUACGGGUACAACGCGGCGGCGCGCCUGCCCUUCGCGUUCUCGCACGCGCGCGAGCGCCGCAGCCUGCGCGCGCCGCGCCCGCCCGCAGGUCGGAUGGUCCGCAGCGCGUCGUCGGGCGCCGCCCCCGCGCCCGCGCCCGCGCCCCGCACCGCGCAUGCGCCCGCACCCGCCGCCCAGCUUGUAGAAGGUACUGAGAGUAACAUUGUGGCAGGCGGCGAUAGUUGUCGCGGCGUGGUGUCGCUGCCCGGGAGUCCCCGCAACAGCGCAGUGCCGGUGGUCGGCUCCGCAGAGAGUCUCGUCACAAGGGUACUAGCUGAACAAGGCUUGGCAGAAUAUUGUGAUCCGGAAUUCGUGAGGAAUACUUCAAGGGAAAUGCAGGAGGCUCUUGACAUGACUCAAGAGCAGAUGGACAGAGCGGCGCACCAACUUAUGAUAAAGGAGAGGAACUUGAAGCAAGUUCAAAAUCAACAACCCCCCGUGGGCGAGAUGAUGUCGUUCGGGGCGCGCCGCGGCCGGUUA